AUGGUUCUCCUUUACUGCUUCCGCUUAGAGAUUCUUGCAUCCCAUCCUUUUCUGUAUUCCUUUCCAUCUCUAUUCCCCUGUAAUCACUCUCUCUCUCUCUCUCUUGCUCUCUCUCUCUCUCUAUCUAUCUAUCUCUCUAUGUACCUAUCUCAAUAUGUUCCCUACUAUCUAUCUAUCUAUCUAUCUAUCUCAUUAUGUUCUCUACUAUCUAUCUAUCUCAAUAUGUUCCCUAUCUAUCUAUCUCAAUAUGUUCCUACUAUCUAUCUAUCUAUCUAUCUAUCUAUCUAUCUAUCUAUCUCAAUGUUCCCUAUCUAUGUAUCUAUCUAUCUCAAUAUGUUCCUACUAUCUAUCUAUCUAUCUAUCUAUCUAUCUAUCUCAUUAUGUUCCCUACUAUCUAUCUAUCUCAAUUUGUUCCCUAUCUAUCUAUCUAUCUAUCUAUCUAUCUAUCUAUCUAUCUAUCUAUCUAUCUCAAUAUGUUCCUACUAUCUAUCUAUCUAUCUAUCUAUCUCAUUAUGUUCCCUACUAUCUAUCUAUCUCAAUAUGUUCCCUAUCUAUCUAUCUAUCUAUCUAUCUAUCUAUCUAUCUCAAUAUGUUCCUACUAUCUAUCUAUCUAUCUAUCUAUCUCAUUAUGUUCCCUACUAUCUAUCUAUCUCAAUAUGUUCCCUAUCUAUCUAUCUAUCUAUCUAUCUAUCUAUCUAUCUAUCUCAAUAUGUUCCUACUAUCUAUCUAUCUAUCUAUCUCAUUAUGUUCCCUACUAUCUAUCUAUCUCAAUAUGUUCCCUAUCUAUGUAUCUAUCUAUCUAUCUAUCUCAAUAUGUUCCUACUAUCUAUCUAUCUAUCUAUCUAUCUAUCUCAUUAUGUUCCCUACUAUCUAUCUAUCUCAAUAUGUUCCCUAUCUAUCUAUCUAUCUAUCUAUCUAUCUAUCUAUCUAUCUAUCUCAAUAUGUUCCUACUAUCUAUCUAUCUAUCUAUCUCAUUAUGUUCCCUACUAUCUAUCUAUCUCACUGUUCCCUAUCUAUGUAUCUAUCUAUCUAUCUAUCUCAAUAUGGUGUUUAUUUAUCUGGCUAUUUAUCUCUUUCUCUCUGAAUAUGUUCCCUACUAUCUAG